AUGGACACGGCUAAUCUCGAUGAGUUCCACUCAGAGUACAAGACAUGGAAGAAGAAUGCGCCCUUCCUCUAUGACAUGAUACUUAGUACGGCCCUUGAGUGGCCGACUCUUACUACUCAGUGGUUGCCGGACGUUCAAGCCGUCCCUGACAAGCCUUAUUCGACCCAUCGACUGCUCAUCGGUACUCACACCGCUGGAGAUGCACAGAAUUAUCUUCAGAUCGCUCACGUGCAACUCCCUCAUGCCAACGCCCCCAACCCUGACGACUACGAUGAGGAGAAAGGCGAAAUUGGAGGCUACGGCAGUGGCUCCAAGAAAACACCCAUGGAAAUCAAGUUCAACAUUGUUCAGAAGAUCGACCAUCAAGGUGAGGUCAACAAAGCCCGCUAUCAACCACAGAACCCCAACAUCAUUGCAACUAUGUGCACGGAUGGUCGAGUGAUGAUCUGGGAUCGCUCAAAGCACCCUAGCAUGCCGACGGGGACGGUGAACCCUCAGAUGGAGCUCCUUGGUCAUGAGGCAGAGGGCUUCGGCCUGAGCUGGAACCCUCACCAGGCCGGUCAUCUUGCGACAGGCAGCGAAGACAAGACCGUCAGGCUUUGGGACAUUACUACCUACACCAAGGGCAACAAAGCUGUGAAGCCAUCACGUACCUACACCCAUCACUCGUCUAUCGUGAACGACGUCCAACAUCACCCGCUCCACUCGUCCCUGAUUGGAACUGUUUCGGACGACAUUACCCUCCAGAUCAUCGAUGUGCGCAAUGCUGACAGCACUCGAGCUGUGGCCUCGGUCGGCGGUGAGCAUCGUGAUGCCAUCAACUCGAUCGCCUUCAACCCCGCUUCUGAGACGAUUCUCGCGACUGGCUCAGCUGAUAAGACCAUUGGUAUUUGGGAUCUCCGAAACCUCAAGGCUAAGCUGCAUUCUCUCGAGGGGCACACAGACUCGGUGCAAUCCAUCUCAUGGCACCCUUUCGAAGAGUCCGUGCUGGCUAGCUCCAGCUAUGACCGAAAGAUUAUGUUCUGGGAUCUCAGUCGAGCGGGUGAAGAGCAAACUCCGGAAGACGCUCAGGAUGGACCUCCUGAACUUCUGUUUAUGCACGGUGGACACACGAAUCGCAUUUCAGACUUUAGCUGGAAUCUCAACAACCCUUGGGUUCUUUGCUCCGCAGCCGAAGACAACCUGCUGCAGGUGUGGAAGGUCGCAGAUGCCAUUGUGGGCAAGGAUCUUGACGACGUUCCUAUGGAGGAAGUGGAAGCUUGA